CCCGCCCCCCCCCCACCUGGCUUUCUAGCCCCCUCCCGCGGGAUUCGCGGGUUUCGCGGCGCUGCUGGUCGGACCGGGGUCUUCGCAGAGCUGGGCUCGGCUGGGAGUCCAAGCCUCAGUGGGACCUCAGCGAGGCGGACGAGGGAGUGGGCUGGGCAGCGGCGUGCAGCGCCGUUGAGGGCGCUGCCCCGCGCGCUCUCAGGACGCCCCGGGUCUUGCUCUCUUCGAGUCUCAGUACCCGGGGCCGAAGAGCCGGGACGGGCGGGGGCGCCGUCGAGGUGUGAGGCCGCUGCCGGAGCUCGAGCCCGCCGCGGUGUCUCGAGUCGUAGGUUGGCGCCGGCGGUCGGGGUCGGAGGCUUGGGCACUGCCUCCCGUCCCCGCUCCGGACCUCGACGUGGGUGAGGCGUCCCCGGGAGCAUGAGCGGACAGCGCGUGGACGUGAAGGUGGUGAUGCUGGGCAAGGAGUACGUGGGCAAGACGAGCCUGGUGGAGCGAUACGUGCACGACCGCUUCCUGGUGGGGCCCUAUCAGAACACCAUCGGGGCCGCCUUCGUGGCCAAGGUGAUGUCCGUCGGAGACCGGACAGUGACUUUGGGUAUUUGGGACACAGCAGGCUCUGAGCGCUAUGAGGCCAUGAGCCGAAUCUACUAUCGGGGUGCCAAGGCUGCCAUCGUGUGCUAUGACCUCACAGACAGCAGCAGCUUUGAGAGAGCAAAGUUCUGGGUGAAGGAAUUGCGCAACCUAGAAGAGGGUUGUCAGAUCUAUCUGUGUGGCACCAAGAGUGACCUGCUGGAGGAGGAUCGGCGGCGGCGACGUGUGGACUUCCAUGACGUUCAGGACUAUGCAGACAAUAUUAAAGCUCAACUCUUUGAAACAUCUAGCAAGACGGGCCAGAGUGUGGACGAGCUCUUCCAGAAAGUGGCAGAGGAUUACGUCAGUGUGGCUGCCUUCCAGGUGAUGACAGAGGACAAGGGCGUGGACCUGGGCCAGAAGGCAAAUCCCUACUUCUACAGCUGUUGUCAUCACUGAGUCACCACCCACCUAGCCUGGGGGAAUUAAAUGAAUUCCCACGGGGCUGGAUCCAACUUAUCUGGGCUUGGGUGGUCAAAUGUCUGAGCUACCCCAGGUCCCUGUGGCAGCAGAGGUGGCACCUGUCUGUGCUGGCCCAUGGAACGGAGGCAGCAUUGGGCUGACUGAUGGGAACAAGGAGGGCUGAGGGCUGACUUGGACCCCAGGCUUCUGCCCUGGACAGCACAUGUGUCUGCAGAUUAUUUAAGUGGCUUCUGAUUUGUAAAUAAAAUCAAUGCACUGUGAA